GUUAACUAACGUGAACUAGCUUGCUGUGACAACCACCACAGUGACACCGGUCGUGGUGAUCCACCUCCAGCUGCUAAACGCCCCUCCGGUGGUCUGAGUGAUAGAGAGACACUCUAAAACUAACCACCCACAGAGGAGACUUGUCUGCCGGCUUGAAGCGCCCUCACAGCCCCCCGGAGUGUCCGCGGCUCUCGUCCUUUAAUCGGCCAGGUACUGUCCAGCCUCAUCCAGCCCCAUUGUGGAUCUUUAGCCCCUCUGGCAGGACAGUGGCAGAGGCAGAGCCAGAGGCAUCGGGGACCAGAUCAGCAGGCAGCAGGGCUCCAUGAGCGCGACGGGGCAGCAGCAGCAAGGGGGGGGCCUGCGUUCUCGCCGAGGCCUUGGCCGGGACAAGGACCCUGGGCAGGGCAUGGGCAUGGAGGCGGCCUGCUGGCUGGCACCCGGAGUGCUGCGCAGGCUGAUCGAGCUGCCCUCGCCCCCCCUGUCCCGGCACCAGCUCAAGAGACUGGAGGAGCACAGGUACAGCAGUGCGGGACGCUCCCUGCUGGAGCCCCUCAUGCAGCGUUACUGGGAAUGGCUGGUGGGACGAGUUCCUGCCUGGAUUGCCCCCAACCUUAUCACCAUCAUCGGCCUGGCCACCAACGUCUUCACCACCCUCGUGCUCAUCUACUAUUGUCCAACUGCCACUGAGCAGGCUCCUCUCUGGGCGUACCUGCUGUGUGCUGUGGGUCUGUUUGUCUACCAGUCAUUGGAUGCCAUCGACGGGAAGCAGGCCAGACGCACCAAUAGCAGUUCUCCGCUGGGCGAGCUGUUUGACCACGGCUGUGACUCCCUCUCCACUGUGUUUGUGGUGUUGGGAACCAGUAUAGCAGUGCAGAUGGGCACCAACCCGGACUGGAUGUUCUUCUGCUGCUUCGCUGGGAUGUUUAUGUUCUACUGCGCCCACUGGCAAACAUACGUGUCAGGAACGCUGCGCUUCGGCAUAUUUGAUGUAACAGAGGCGCAGCUCUGUCUAGCAGGAUUACAGCUGCUCACAGCCGCUGUGGGUCCCAGUCUGUGGAACAUGAUGAUUCCGAUCCUAAAUAUCCAGAUGAAAAUGGUUCCGGCCAUCUGCACUUUUUUAGGAGCCAUCUUCUCCUGCACCAACUACUUCAGAGUUAUUUUUACAGGAGGCGUGGGCAAAAACGGAUCCACAAUAGCAGGAACCAGCGUCCUCUCUCCAGUCUUACAUAUUGGUUCAGUUAUAAUUUUGGCGAUGAUGAUAUACAAGAAGUCUGCUGUCCAGCUCUUCGAGAAACAUCCGUGUCUUUAUAUCCUGGCGUUUGGCUUCGUCUCUGCCAAAAUCACCAAUAAAUUAGUUGUAGCACAUAUGACAAAAAGUGAGAUGCAUCUCCACGAUUUAGCCUUCCUGGGACCAGGACUACUGUUCCUGGAUCAGUAUUUCAAUAGUUUUAUUGAUGAGUACCUGGUGCUGUGGAUUGCAUUGAUCAUUUCCUUCUUUGACUUGGUGCGUUACUGUGUCAGUGUUUGCAACCAGAUUGCCUGCCAUCUUCACAUUUUUGUUUUCAAAAUCAAGCCUUGUUCAGUGCUCAGUUCAGCUCCUCACUGAGGACACGCCCGCCAUGACUGACUCUGUCCCUUCCUGUUAGUCGCACUCAUUUUUUCUUCCCUCUGUUUUCCACGUAGAGAUGCAGGGGAUGACGUGGUGUAAAAGUACGUGCUUCUGCCAACUGAAUGUGAGGACAAAUAAUAUAUAUUAAGAUACUGGAGUAUUACCGUCAUUGUUUCUUUUUCACCAGUGCAGAAUUUGUACCAGUUUCAUCUUCUGCCCCAGUAAUAAAAAAAAUCUCCUUCUGACAAACUCAUGAGCAAAUAUUUCAGGAGAGUAUAGGUGCUACUCGGUAUGUUCAAGGAGAGAAACUUCAGUGUGUUUUAACUGUUCAUUUGCAAAGAAAAAUGUAUAGGACAUGAAUCAAAUAAUUCUUUGCUUUUCAUGAUUAUAAUUUUUGUAAUAUUUGCAUAACUUUACCUUUUUUGCUAUUGUAAAUACCAAAUAGUGUCUGUGCUUUUCUUUUAAGUUAAAAAAUCCUGCUUUGGCACAUUUAUAAACCUUCAUGUAUAUGAUUUUUAAACAACGUUAUCUCCUGCACAUUACACACAAACUGUGCAUCUGAUCAGCAGAAAUGUGGUUUUGGAGGAAAUGUAAUGCCAACAUCAGAAUGUUGUUACUGAACAAAGCUGCAGAAAAUUCACUGCCGAUGUUUUUCAUUUAGUUUGUCAACUGAAAUCACGUUGUUUAACCGCGCUGGGAUUUUUUGGGGCGAUAUUCAAGUUGUGGUGGGGAAUGUUGUGUGUAUUUAUUGUCAUAUAUAAUGUUGUUUUCUAAUACAUUCAUCAUAAAGUUGAUAGUUUGGUUAAUGUGUCACAGGGUUAGGCUUCCUCUACACUUUAUACUCUAUUGUUAAUAUAUAAGGACACGCCAUGCACAUGAGGGAAAGUCACGACAGCCACGGGCAGAUUCUUUUUUAGACAUACAAUAAAAUAUCUAAACUCAAAUGUCUUCUUACGAGCAGUCAGAGAUAUGUAGAUGUGGAUGAAAGGUCAAAAAGCUCUUAAGAAGGCCUUUGAGUUCAAGAAUGAAAUGUGCGUUUUACAGUUGAUACGAACAAAGUUCAAGAUGUUACACUUUUGUUUUCACUCCACCAGCCGUCAUUCUGCUUUCUGUCCCUACUCGUCCUGUUAGUCUACAUUUUUCUUACAGUCCACAAAUCACAUGAAAAGACCAAAAUCAGCAACGUGGCAGUCUGUCUCUUAAUACUUUCUGACUUCCUGUCUGUGGCACUCGGCUCCAAAUCCAUCACUUCCCGCUGUAGAUGUCAGAAAAUACAUAGUUUCAUGUUUUAAAAAAAAGGCUCAGUAGUUUUUAAAACAGCUGGUCACUGUAGUUUUUAUCAAACGUUACUCAAACGGGAGGGAAUAGUGCAUUUGUUGGGGGCUGUUUUCAGCGGCGGAUUAAUCCACAUUUAGUGCUUGAAUGAGUAUUUUGGGCUGCAGGAGAGGAAAGGUGGGGCUGAAUCAAAAUUAACUACAGCAUGUGUGUUCAUGGUAGGGCUGCAACUAACUUAUUUUCAAUGUUGAUCAUUGUUUUGAUUAUCUAGUUAGUUGUUUGGUCUAUAAAUUCCGAUCUGUGUUCCCCAAAGCCUCAGAGAACAUUGUCAGCUUAUUUUGUCCACAACCCAAAUAUAUUCAGUUUACUGUCAUAAAGGAGGAAAGAAACCAGACUAUUUUCACAUUUAAGAAGCUGGAUUUAGAGAAUUUUGAGUCUUUUGUCAUGAAAAAUCUCUCAAACAAAUUAAUCGAUAAUCAAAAUUAGCUGCCGAUUAACGUAAUAGUUGCAGAAAAGUGUCUCCCAGUGCAACAGUGUGGCUCACUGGUGUUUUUGGCACCAGUGGAGCUUCAUGGCGCUGAGGAAUGAGGUAUAUCAGAGUUAAGAUACACAGUUAAAUCAUGUCAGCUGAUAUCGUUGGUUUUGGUCUUUUGAUGUCAUGUUGACAAUAAGACAAAUAUCACCAGACUUAUAAUUUAAAAUGAAGACUACUCACCGCCUUAACGGUUACUUACAUGAGCGUCACACUCCUUCCUGUGUUGUCCGUGGAUGCAGCUAAACUUGUUCAUUAAUAAUAUAAUCUGACUGACAUUAUGUUUCCCCAUAAAGGAUGUAUUGUACCUGCUGAAGCAGACCAGGUGGACUCAGUGUGCAGGAGAUGAGGUCACAUGAUGACAUCACAGUUUUUAAGGUGGUGACUGACGAGAUUCAGAUCAAACUUUUGUCGCUGAGAGUUAAUAAAAACCUGUUUUAUUUGAAGUGGCUGCAGCUCACUCCGCCUCCACGUCUACCAACAUCUGAUCAUCUGGUCCUGUUACAGCACCUCACGCUGAGUGGGUGUUCAAUGUUGCUGCUUCUGGAGAGAACCUGUAGUGAUGUAUUAAUGUGGAGAACAUGUUGGUCCUUAACCACCGAGAGCAGUUUGUUGCUUUUACAUUUUGUGCCUGUUUUAUUUUUUUAUUUAUGUUUCAUGGAACAGCUCCGUCUGCAGAUGCUGUACUGAGCCUCUACAGCUUGUCUGAAAUGUUAAAAACUGAUAUAAGAUGCCAAGUGUUGACUGUAGUGAGUCAGUGAUUAUAGCAGCUCCAGAACAGUGUUACUGUGUGAACUGGGGGUCAGGUUCAGGGUGGUUCGGUCAGUCAUCUGAACGCUUUUGAGAAAACAAAGCCUUCCAUACAAAAGCGUCAAAGGUUCACUUCACUCAAAUCUCAAAAACAUAUGUUCUUGAAUGCCUUGUGGUGUCUUUAGAUGGAGUUAUUGAAAAAUAUGUGGAAUGUUAUGAGAUUUAUAGAAUAAAAAUGUAAUCUUCUGAGAAUUAAAGUUGUAUAUCAUUAAAAUAGAGUUGUAGUUUUGCGUAAAACAAAAGUCUAAAUUAAACAUCACAUUGGACUUUAUGGAAAAAUGGUUGUUAAUGAGAAUAAAGUGAUUACGAGAAGGAGGUUUAAAUAUUAUGAGAAUAACGUAAUUUAGUCCCAAUUGUUUCUCUAAAGGUUUGCCAAGAAGAAGAAAAAAUGUUUCCACAAUAAUAAAAUAUUUAAGAAAAGAGAAAAAACAUCAUAAUUUUUUUUUAAAAGUUGCAACAUUUAAAGAAAGUACCUUAAGAAAAGAGUCAUCAUGAGAGACGGUUCUUAUUUUGAGGAAACAGUCAAAAUAUUAUGACAGUAAAGUUUUGAUUUCUGAAGAAAAAUUCCUAACAGUAUAAAUAAAAUGGGGUAAUUUAACAAAAAGAGAGGACAUAGGGAGUCAAAAUUUAAUGUGGAAAAAGUCCUGGUUGUCUCUAAAAAUGCAUGCUGCCAAUGGAGGGCAAAAAGAAAUUGUUUUGAUAAAAUAUUUAGAAAAAAAGGAGUCAAUUUUUGAGAAUAAAAUUGAAGUUUUACAAACAAAAAAAUUUGGAAAAUAAAAAAAAGUCAUGAACUUUUUUGGGGGAAAGUAAAUUUGAAGUAAGAAAAAAAAAUAAAAAUAUGAGGAGAGUUUGCAAAACUUUAAAAAUAUUCAUCAUAUAUAGAGGAAAUGUCUUGAGAAUAAAAUUGUAAGUUUACCAUAAAGAAACAAUAUUUAAAGAAUGACGUCACAGUGUUUAAAGAAAUGUUAUCUAAGAGAGAAAUUGUUCCUGAAAAUCCCAUUCACCUUCAUUGUGUUUGGCUUGAGGGCAGAAACAUCAAUAGUGUAGUUAAAGGUACAUUUCGGGUUUUUUCUCAGAGGUUGUAUGGAAUACUUAGUCAGACCGCUCCCAGUUUGGAGAAGCAAAGUUCUGCUGUGAAUGGCCACCCGAAAUAGAAACAAUUAUCAGUUUAAAUGUAUGCUAUAUUGAGAGUAUUUUCACUGUUUUACUUUUUCAUCCGACUGCCCGUCACAACUGGGAACCUGUAAACGGCUUCAGUUCCCAUCGGAGCUCUUGUCAAAACCACCAGACUCCAUUGACAAAAACAGUAGUUUAAGCUCACUGAACAUGUGAGCUGCUGGUCUACUGCUGCCUCAGUCAGUUCGUUUUUGUGUUUUUGUGUUAUUCUGUGGUUUUUGGUGAAUCUUAACACUUCGAAAUGCAAAAGUCACGCAAUGGACCAAACUAAUGGAGGCAGCAGUAGAGCAGUGUCUUCUGUGUUCAGCUAUGUUAAAUCACUGUUUUUGUCAAUGGACUCUGGCUGUGACGAGAGCGAUGAAACAGCUUAAUUUUCCCACUGGAAAUCACUGUCUGCCAUUGAGGUAAACCAGUGAAAAUAUUCUAAAUAUAGUGUUCACUUAAACUGAUAUUGAUUUUUUUCCAUGGGAUUUUUUAUGGUGGUUAAAAUCUGUUUUGUUGCUGACCCCUCCACAGCAGUAGGUUGCUUAGAUUACAUGUCUGCUUCUCCAAACUGGGACAUACCGCCUGACAUCUGCUGUUUGUAAGAAACUGUCUGUGUUUAAGUUCCACAUACAACCCCACUUCAAAUCAUCUGAACUAUCCCUUUAAGAUUUUUGUGAUUUGUGUGAACUGACCCUUUAAGGAACUCAGUGUUGACAUAACUUCAGGUCCAUUUCUCUUAAAGUAAAGGUCACAUAUAAACAACCAGGUAUAUUAUGCAUUAAAGAACAGUAUUGACGACCUUGAAUGUCACAUGUAGAUGUUUUGAUCCUUUAUUGUAGAAGUCUCAGUACAGUCAUGUCUGUUCAGUUGGUUGUUUUCAGAGAAAAUGGAAGAUGACAUGAUGAUCUGCAUGUGAACUACACUGCUGUACAGUUUGUACAAUAACUGGAGAUUCUGAACAACUUUUCUUAAUAACUGUGAGAUAACAGCAUCAACAGCUCAUGUGCAUAUAGGCUAGUUAUCGAUGUCAGGUUAACUCUCUCAUUGUAACUAGUAAAAGUUUACCUUUUAAACACAUUUGUUUUCUAUUGUUUUGUACAGAGCUGUCGUCACUGUGUGUGUCUACUCUCGAAAGCUUGUGUAGAAGUUUGUCAUGUGUUGGCUGGACUGCCAAACUCAGGCAUGGUAUAUCAUCACCAGCGUGCAGGACAGUGUGUUCGUAGAGGAAUGAUACAGUAACCAGGAUCACCUGACAAUCUCUCCAUUUAGCUAACAAUGCAAAUAAAUUUCAUACGCACACCUGGA